AUUUUUUUAUAUUUUUGUUACUUUCUACAAUAACUUUGUGAAAUUAAUUGUCCAAUAAACCAAAAAAAAAAAAAAAACGAAACUGAAACGAAUUUAUUUUUGUAAACAAUUUAAAAAUUGUGUAACUAAUUGCAACUGCAUUUCAUCAAUAAAAUUUACAACUAAACUCUUUUGCAAUAAUACUAUAAUACCUAUAAACUAAAUGCAAUAAUGUCUAUAGCCUCAACAUUGGCUUUGAUUCUUACGGUUUUGGCCUCAGUUAGCAUAGUUUCAGUUAUUAUCUUAUUGGGCUGGUUCCUGAUUUGGAAGGCAUUUUUAUCGAAAUUCCGUUUAGUACGCGAACUUUUGGGACAAACCAACGCUGACGGAACGCCACACUCAAACGGAGAAUCUACAAGUCUAACAAGUAGUUCUCUGUCAACACAAAACAAAUUAAAAAAACUAAGAAAAGACUAACAGCGACUACUUAUUCGCCUAGUCAUAAAGCUCUCGCAAUAAUCCUUCAAUAUCACACACAGUACUUAGUCUAAAAACAAAUCUUUCAUUAUGAAUAUUCGUUGUGCUAAACCCGAAGAUUUAAUGGCCA